AUGAACGGUCCAGAUUCCGACGUCAAGAUCUUCCAUUCCAACGUCGGAGUUCGCGCUAACGGUGGCAGCGGCGGUGGCAGUAGCAACGCAAACGGGCAUCGGAACGGCCGGGGGCCACCAACGCAGCCUACGACACCGCAUACAGAGGAGAUCUACGAUGAGGAGGUGGCCGCACGGCUCGAGGAACUCGAUGACGAGAUCGGCGAACUGGCCACGAGGAUAUCCGAGCUGCAACGGACCCGCACGCGGCUCGUUAGGGAGCGCCAGACCGUCUACCAAUCCUACAUCGAUGGCCUCGACCACGGCGCGGCGGGCUCGUCUUCGGUGGCGUCGGCCAAGCGCGGCACGGACUACACCCGCAGCGACUUUGCCUGGUCGACCCGCCUCCUCGCCACCGCGCAAAAGACGUUCGGCAUCAAGUCGUUCCGCAUGUGCCAGGAGGCCGUCUGCAACGCCGCCAUGGACCGCCGAGACGCGGUGGUCGUGAUGCCGACGGGAGGCGGCAAGUCGCUCUGCUACCAGCUGCCCGCCGUCCUCGAGGACGGCCUCACGCUCGUCGUCAGCCCGCUCAUCUCUCUCAUGACGGACCAAGUGCUCAACCUGCGCGAGAAGGGCGUCGAGUGCGAGCUACUGUCGGGCGCCAUCUCGCGCGAGCAGACGACCGACAUCCUGCGCCGCGUACGCACCGGCGACGCCUCCACAUCCACACCAAGCUCCGCCUCGUCCGCGAAGAAGAGAAAGAAGGUCGCGGGCUCCGGCAGUCGCACAGCCACCAAGGACGACGAGGACGAGGACAAGGGCGAUGACGAGGACGACGAGCGCGGCCAAGGCAAGAGCGACGGCAUCAAGCUGCUAUACGUCACCCCGGAACGCAUCGCGAAGGCCAAGAACACGCUCUCUGCAUUGCAGAAGGCGCACCAGCAGGGCCGACUGUCGCGCAUCGUCAUCGACGAGGCGCACUGCUGCUCGCAGAUGGGCCACGACUUCCGUCCGGACUACACCAAGCUCGCCAUCCUGCGCAACCUCUUCCCGGACGUGCCCAUCAUGUGCCUGACGGCAACGUGCGGGCCCCGGGUGCUCAAGGAGGUGCUCGAGAUCGUCGGCCUGCCUCCGACGACGCGGUCCGACAACGCGGCGCCGCGCAAGACAGUCUACUUUUCGGCGCCCCUCUACCGCAGCAACCUGCGCUACAGCGUCUUGACGCGGCCGCAGAGCGCCCAAGAGUCGAUGGAGGCCGUCCGCUACUGGAUCCUCGAGCGCCACGCGGGCAAGAGCGGCAUCGUCUACUGCCUCAGCAAAAAGGACACGGCGACGAUGGCCAGCGCGCUCUACGAGCUCAGCGGCGGCCGGAUCGGCACCGCCGUCUACCACGCCGACCUCGACGACGCCGAAAAGCACCAGGUGCACGUCGACUGGCGCCAGGGCACGGUCCAGGUGGUCUGCGCCACCAUCGCCUUUGGCAUGGGCAUCGAUAAGCCCGAUGUCCGCUUCGUCCUGCACGCCUGCAUCUCCAAGUCGCUCGAUGGCUACUACCAGGAGACGGGACGCGCCGGGAGGGACGGCGAGCCCUCGGACUGCGUCCUCUUCUACCGCCCGCAGGACGCUACCCGGGUCAGCGGCCUCGUGGCUGGCGAGGCGACCGGCCAGGAGAAACUCCACGCGAUGCUGUCCUACUCGCAAUCCGCAGAGUGCCGGAAGCUGCUGUUUGCCAGGUACUUCAAGGACGACUUUGGCGACGCGGCCGCGUGCAAUGCCUGCGACAACUGCCAGGAGCCGGCCGAGGUCGUCGACGUCAAGGCACAGGCCCGCUCGCUCCUCCGCGUGCUCACCUACAUCGUCAACAAGGGCGGCCGCGUCACGCCCGCGCUCCUCGUCUCGCUCGCCAUGGGCCAGAAGGCCGGCCGCUUUCCCCUUGCGCAGUCGUCGUCGUCGACGGACAAGGUCGACCUCAAGCCUCUGAUCGGCACCAAGCUGGCCAACAAGGACCUCCUCGAGACGGCCAUGGUCCAGAUGUUGAUCCGAGGCUACGUCGAGGACGUCUACCACGCCACCGCCUACACGGUCAACGUCUACGUCAAACCAGGCCGCCUCCAGGGCAGGCUGGAACGCGACGGCCUCUCGGUCGCGCUGCCGAGGAAGGCCGGCGGCAAGGCCAAGAAGCGGGCCAAGGCGAACGGCGCAAAGCGCAAGGCCAGCACCGCCGCCGAAGAGAGCGAGGAAGACGAUGACGUGGUCGACGAUGACGACGACGACGACCCCAUUGACGACAAUGACGGCGAGGAGGGAAGCGCACCGCUCCGUGGUGGCCGCAAGGUCGCAGCGACCGGCGGUGGCGACCACGAAGCCGACGAAGACGAGGCAGCGCCGCUGACGGAGCUACGGAAGCGACGCAAGCUCUCCGACAAGCUUCUCACGACCGCGAGCGCAGGCAUGAGGCCCCGAGGCGCCAGCGGCCGGACCCACACCGACGCCAUCGAGCUCGACUCGGAUUGA